GAUCAGGGACGGGGGGUUCAGGGGGUAACUUCCAUAGCAUUCAGGUCAUGUUGGGUCUGCAGACUGACCUGAUGUUGACUCCCACUCUCGCAAACCACAGGGAGUACCAGGAUAACCUCCCCACGCCCACCACCCUCAACACGCCCGUGUCCCUCACCCACGUCACCACACCCACGCAACCCUCCCACUACAACACGCAGACCCAGCACCACGCCCUCACCAACCUCAACGCCCAGAACACGCCACACCCACACGUGCAGAACAACCACGCGCACGUGCAGCAGAAUAACCAUGCCCAACCCCAGCCCCAACCCGCCCACGCCCAUGCCCACGCCCACGCCGGCAGCUCCCUGGAGGCGCCCUUGCCCAGCCCAGUGGUGGGAGAGAAGAGGAAGUUAGAUGAUGGAGGCCCUUCCUACCCUGGACAACCCUCCUCCACCCCGCCCACCCAGUCUCAGCAACCCCCCAGCUCCACAGGAGAACCAUCAGCGAAGAAAUCCGAAUCAAAAUCUAAGAAAUCCUCAGACACUCCGGGAGUCAAGAAAAAGAAGACCAGGACUACAUUCACAGCAUAUCAGCUGGAGGAGCUGGAGCGAGCGUUUGAGCGCGCACCCUACCCUGAUGUGUUUGCGAGGGAAGAAUUGGCGGUCAAACUGAGCCUGUCCGAAUCCCGGGUUCAGGUGUGGUUCCAGAACCGUCGCGCUAAAUGGAGGAAAAGAGAACCACCGAGGAAGAAUUAUAUUCCACCAGGUGGCAUGGGGGCCGGCCUCGGGGGCGGCUUCAACUCCCUCAACUCCCUCAACACACUGUCCCCCUUCAACUCCGGAGACGCCUGGACCUACUCCUCCUCCUACGACCCUACCCACCUCAACCUCCUGGGCCCAGCCUCCUAUCCCUUCUCUACCAAUCACAACCCGGGAUAUAGCUACCCGAUGCUUUCUCAACCAAUGGGGAUCAACGACUCCCUUUUUACGAACCCCAUCGGGCAGAUGCGGGCGGGAGAUUUCCAGUCGUCGACGGGGAUGCGGGACUUCGGGAACGGACCGCUCAAGACCUACGACUAUCUACAGGAGGUGAAGACGGAGGAUUUUCUCCACGAGAAGAGGGACGCCAACAUGAACAGCGUCCGCCACCAGCCGGCCCCAAAGGAAAACAAGGAUUCUUCCUACAUCACGCUGCCUUCUUUUUUAAGUUAAAUCAGGAGCUUCGAGCGAUGAAGAGGGCGCAACAGGAGGACGCCCAGGCCUACGAAGCUCAGAUAUCCCAGGCCUACACCCCCAUCGUAGCUCCAUCUUCCCAAUCUAUUAAUAACCAAUCGCCGGUCAUGCCCUCAUCCGUAGCACCGCCACAAUCCAUCGUCAGCCAAUCGGCAGGUAAUUCUGCUGCACCGCCCCCUCCCAUGGUCAGUCAGUCGCAGGUGAUCCCCUCCGCAGGGUCCAGCCGGCCACUGCUCUGCUGUGACGACACUGGCUACGACGUCGCCGCCGGCCACACCUCCUACGACCAGCCCGGUGCCUCCGCCCACAAGUACAACUCACCUCCCACUCUCAAGGUGCCGCACCAUCACCACCACCACGCCCACCACCAUCACCCACCGCCUCCCCUCGAUGAGCCUCCUCCGCCGCCACCACCUCCACCACCACCACCCCCGCCCGCCCACAAGUACGACCUACCACCCCCGCCCCACCAACAAGAGUACGACGUCCCUACGCCCACAGCCGCCCCUACCCACGAGUAUGACCCACUCCCUCCCCAAGUCCCGGUAGUAGACGACGAGUCGCCCCUGGUGUACCCCAGCAUGAGCGCCGGACCCCUGGCCGACCCCACGCCCAUGGCUGACCCCUCCCUCACCCCUGGCUACUUCCCCCACUACCCCCUGGAACCCCAGUCCAACCUCGACUCUCACGACCCCUUAGAUUACAGCGUCCUUGAGGCCCUGUUUGAGGGAUCCUCUUACCCCUCCUCUGCUGAUGUUGGCGGCCCUGACGCCUACCAGGACUACCAACAUUACUAGACUACCUAAGUUAAAGUUGGAAGCCCUGAUGUCCACCAGAACUACCAACAUUCCUAAUACCCUUCCACAGUAUAUGUUGGUGGCCCUGAAACUUACCAGGACUACCAACAUUUCUCGCCCCGCAGUAUCAGAUAAAGUUGGCGUCCCUGAUGCUUACUUAAUUACAAAUAUGUAAUGAAAUGUUGAACAAGCAACAUUAUACCAUUAUUAAAUAGAGUUUAAUGUAUUUUUCCUUCAAACUUUACCACAGUCAGUAUUACCAAUACAAUUAUAACCAGGGUUACCAACAGUUACAACCAUGGCUAACACUAUAUUUGGCAGGAUAAGCACAAUUGUUCUCGUUACUUCUAGCAAUAUAACACAGUCAAGAUUACCAACACCAUCACAUUUGAGUUUCAACUAUAAUUAAAUUCAAGGGUACAAUAACAUCACUUUUUGAUAAUUAAAUGUCACCAAUUUUGUCAAUAUCAGGGCUACCAACUUUACUCCAUGGCUACCAACUUUACUCCAUGGCUACCAACUCUACCCACACCAAUUUUUACCCGAAUUAUCGCCAUCAGUGCUACCAAGAGUGACACACCACCAGGCCUACCAACAAAUCACAGAUACCGUUGUGCCAAAAUUGUGAUGUAAUAAUACUUUUGUAUGUUUUAGGAUUAAGUGACUCAGCGGGAAUAAUGUGGGGGAUACAUGCUUAUUUUUUUUCCUUUUAUGUGUAUUUUUUUACUACGUUCUCGUGUCUUGACAGAUGUAAAAGUGUAAGUUUUUUUCCCCUUAUUUGUAUACGUGCGAUACAAAUUACUGGAAAUGUUUAUAUGUGAAGAAAAAAGAAAGUUGGUUUUCACUAAUUUGCCAUAUAACCGCCAUAUUCUCAAACAAGUGAGUAUAUUAAUAUAAAAUCAACCAAGAGAAGAGUUUUAACAGUAUAGUUUUAUAAUAAUUACCACGAACUUUCAAAAACUAUUUACGAUAAUUUAUGUGUUAGCGUAAGACAUUUUCAUCCACAAUAUAAUAUAUAACAACAUUGUUUUGUGUUUCUCCAAGUUAUAUCACUAUUUUAUUUCUAUUAUAAUAAACCAAAAAUGCCAGAAAUGACAAAAAACAUAUCAGUAUUUUAGUAGGAUUAAAAAUAAAAUUAUCUUUACAGAGCAGCUACAAAAAAGUUGAUACAUUUAUAGAGUUCAGUAUACAGUACAGUACUUCAUAGUUGUGUAGUAAACGCUUCGCCCUGUGCCAUAAUGUCCAAUGUUGACUUCAAUAUAUACAAUAAACUAU